GCACGUUUCACUUGAAGCAUCAUCUGCAGAGUAAGGAAGCCUCACUGGCUCUGGGCUUCUACCUUGGGGGCUUGGUGCGUUGGUUGGCCGGAAAGCAUGCAAGGGAAUCCCAGGACCAAAUCAUGGCCUUAGAGAGGACCCUGUGGCCGGGCUGAGCUUUUUUGGUGUUCCCCAAGGUACCCUGUCAGCAGGAUAUAUCAACGUGAUGGCGAUCCUCCGCGUCAAGUCAAGACACACUGACACUAGACAUCAUGCCUUCGUUCGAUCCAACCAACGUGAACUUAGAUACGGCCAGCGUGGAGGAUAUCUAUUGUUAUCUGCAGCUGUCCGAGAAUGACUACAAUGGACAGCUGGGGGCGCGUAUCUCAUCCAUUUUCGUGAUUCUUGUCACAUCAUCGGCAUGCACACUUUUCCCUGUGGUGGCUAAACGAAUCCCACGCUGGAAUAUUCCCUACCCUGUCUAUCUCUUUGCCCGAUACUUCGGCACGGGUGUCAUUGUCGCCACCGCGUUCAUCCACUUGUUGGACCCCGCGUACGAGAAUAUCGGCACUACUACCUGCGUUGGCGUAUCCGGGCACUGGGCGGACUACUCCUGGUGCGCUGCCAUUGUCCUUGCAUCAGUCAUCAUGGUCUUCCUGCUGGAUGUGGCAUCCGAAGUCUACGUCGAGCGCAUAUACGGCGUAGAAAGAGAGCACGACGCGACCGACCGUUUUCUGAUUCAAGCUAGUUUGAUACAGAGCGACGAUGAAUAUGCGGUUGGUGGUAACUCCUCUGGACGCAAGCAGCCUGGGUCUCAAGAGACAUUAUCCGUGGAGUCCGAGCGCUCAUUCCGCCAGGACAUCGCGGCCUUUUUGAUCCUGGAAUUCGGUAUCAUCUUCCAUUCAGUAAUCAUCGGGCUCAAUCUGGGAGUGACAGGCGACGAGUUUGCCACCCUCUACCCGGUGUUGGUCUUCCACCAGGCGUUUGAGGGGCUUGGGAUCGGGGCCCGGAUGUCAGCGCUUCGCUUUGGCCAACACCGAUGGCUGCCAUGGAUUCUCUGCAUGGCGUAUGGACUCACGACGCCCAUUUCGAUUGCCAUCGGGCUGGGGGUGCGCACGACAUAUAAUUCAGGAUCCAAGACGGCGAACAUGGUGCAGGGGGUAUUGAAUGCCAUUUCAGCCGGGAUUCUGAUCUACAGCGGGCUGGUGGAGUUGUUAGCGCGCGACUUUCUGUUUGACCCGGACCGGACGAAGCGACGGUCGCAUCUGCUGGGGAUGCUCUUGUGUGUCUUGCUGGGGGCUGGCAUUAUGGCGUUGAUAGGAAAAUGGGCAUGAUAAAAAUUCUAAGGGGAAGAUUUCGAUGGGAAGGGGAAGGGGGACCUUGGCGGAAGGCCCCUGACCUGACGUAAGAUACCCGGUCCUUGGUAUGGCUCUAAUACAAUUGCCGACCAAUGAAUGGUUUUUGCAUUACACGCAUCACUUUGCUGAGUGUACAGUGUAGUAGCGUGCAUCCUUCCUGUUGUGGUGGCUCAGCCUGCAUGCGCAG